AUGCCUUCGGAGGUGGAAAAGCCAAAUCAAAAGUGGUGCCGCAACUUUGUGAAAAACUUUGGCUGGAGCCUUUUGAGUCCAUCCAUGGAACAAGCCUCACUUCCAUUUGACCAUCCAGACAUGAAACUCUACAGGGACAAUUACAAAAAGAUGAUUACGACCGGCCAAGUGCACCCGUACUUGGUUCUCAACUUUGACCAGGUUUGGAGGUGUGCCUUCAGUUGGAGUGGCCGUAUGCAUUGGAAACCCCGAGAAAACGUAGGGAAAAGAUCCAAAAAAGUGAAAACGCCGAAGACCCUCGACAAAAAGCGACAUGCAGUUCGCGGAGCACGAAAGAGUGUGACCGCGUUGACCAGUUCGUGGGCGGAUGGAUCUCGAGGACCAAUCUGUUUUUGCUUGCCAGAAGGCGCGAUCCCUGCUGCAAGCAUGCGGGAAUGGAACGCCAAGCACGUGGGUGCCAGUUACAUCAUAAGCACUGAGACCAGCAGCCAUUUUAUGCACUCCAAUAGCCUCCUGGAGAUUUAUGAUCAAUGCUACAGUGUGGCAUUUCACCUCCAAAGAAAAAAGCUUGGGCUGAGUGACAGUGACCGCGGAGCUGUGAUUUGCGACGCAUGGACAGGCUCAUUCUCUCGAUCUCGCGGAGAGGAAACCAGGAGGAACAUCUUUUAUGAAAGCCACAAUGUGGAGCCACCCCUGCGACCAGUGGGGGGGUGGAGCGCCCAUGGUCAACCAGUUGACCAGUUGCAUGGUGUCUUCCGAUCGAGAAUUCGCCAUUUGGACCUGCUGCAGCUGGACAUGGGGCGAGACUUGCGGAAGCGUCCCGAGUAUCAUGAGAUGCCAAUCAGAUCCUCAGGACUCGGUACAGUUCAGAUCAGACAACUCGAAGUUGAAGCCGCGAAGUGGCUCGGCGUUGUGCAGCUUUCGUUCGAUGCCUGGGUAUCGUUGGAACCCAAAAUCUUUCAAUCGGCGUGGAUCAGCUGCGGGUACAUGUCGGCUGAAGAUUUCCCACCAAACCCAGCUGCACCACCACCGUCGAUUCAAGAUGCCCGAGAAGCAUUGGAUGUCUUUGGAAGACUUGGUGGAGGUACACCCCAAAGAUGCACACGGUUCGAAUGGCAGAUCAAGGACACUGACAACGCCUGGAAAGCUCUGCCGUACGAGGCCGCCGGGGCAAUGGUUCGAUCACUCAUGCUCCAUUGCCACAGGUUUUCUGAAGCGAAGGUGGCAAGGGACAAGGCUUUGGAAGAAGAUCCGGAAGCCAAAAAAGCAGUGACACAGAAACUGGUUGAGAAGGUCGCUGGAUUGAGCCAUGUUGACAAAUACCUGGUCUUCAAUCCGAGGACAGGACAGCUGGCCACUGAGAUGUGGCUUUCGGCGCACAUCCAAGUAGUGAAUGGGAAACCACAGUUCAAACACCCAAGCAAACAAUAUAAGGACCCAAAAAUCUUGACCCUGACCAUCAAGAUUGACAAUGGUUCCUUGGACUGCUUGCUGGAUCUUGGCAAUGGGGAUUCCAAGCCGGUCCGCUGCUACGAUUUGAGGUCCUCGGCAACCCCUACUGACAUGGACAUCCUGCUAGGUGGGUUCGGCCACAUGGCUGACAAAUGGCAGGAUGAUGAUGAUGAGGGUGACCGCUGGGAGGACUUCGAUGAAGUCGAUUUCGAUGAAAACGAAUUUGAGGAUCAGAUCGUGGAUGACUCAAAUGGCCUGGAAGGCCAUGCUCUUGCAGAAAAGGAUCAGCAGAUCGUUUUGCUCAACGACGAUGAUGAUGAUGAGGGCUGUGGGUCUGAAGGUGGGGAUGAAUGGGAGUUCCCAGAUGAGAUGAUCGACAAAGACAAGUUCAACGAGAACCUUGCGGACACCAUGGUGGUGGCCAAGGGCAAGCUGGCAUCUUCUGAGAGUGGCUCAGCAGACGGUACAGGGGUGAAAAAUAGAGCACCAAAGUGGUCAGAAUCCGUGAGAUCCGAGCGCAAAGCGCUCCUUUUGGCUCUGCGAUUCUUAUGGGAAACCUACGUUAGCGAUGGAAACUCUGAUGGCCAGCAUCAUGUUGACCAGUUGAACGCUGCUCUGGCUUUGUUUGCCUCCCAGGCGGACGACGAUGAGGACGCAGAAGGGGCCUCCCAUCGCGUGGCCAUCGUCCGGGGGCAGCACGCCAGCCGCUCCAAACGGGCCAUCAACGCCCGCAACGCUUGGAAGAGAUGUGCCACCUUAGUCAUGACCCCUGCGUUGCUGGUGGACUCUUUGAUUCACGCGCGAGUGGUGAUCACUGACAUUGUCCUUCUGGUUCUGGACGAGGCGCAUCAGUUGAAAGGAACUUCGGAGUAUGCCAUCUUGAUGAAGCGCUUCUAUAGCGGGGCUACUCAGGUCCUGGCCUUGACAGCUUCCCCUCUGAGUGGUCGGGCGCCUGGCAAAUCCUGGCAGCCGGCCAGCGAAGAGGACAUGAAACGGGAGCUGGAAGAACUGGAAGAGAAGGUGGAUUGCCGUACAUGGACAGAACUGGGGCUGGUGGAAGCGGAGGUCCUGAAGACCACAGUGGAAGAGAGGAGCUUUGAGAUGGCGAACUCAACGGAUCGUCACAAGGAACUUCUUGCGAUGAUUAGGUCGGCGAAGCUGGAAGUGUCUGGGAACAACAGGCAACGUGACCAGAUCUUGCGCUGGAAUCGAACCUUGGAACGUUUUGAGGACGGAGAGCGCUGCAGCAUUGCGCUGGAACUGGGCGAAUGGGCCACGCUACGGGGGCUGCAGUUGCUGUGUCGAGGGCAGGCGCCGGCCGAGCUGGAAGAAGAGGACGCCAAAGAUGAGGAAAAAUCCAACGGUGAAGAUGAGAAGGUGAAGAAUGUGGAACCGGAGGAGCUCAUUUGCCAAGCCCGCGAGCGGCUGCAGGGGAAGUUGACGCAAUGGCAAGAGAAGCAGACUGAGAAGCUCCAUUCCUCCAAAGCCUUGGCCUGCAUCCAGAAGCUUCGGGAACGCUUCCAGGCAGAUGGCGACAUGAAAUGCAUCGUCUUCACCAGGACUCGCGCACUUUGUCAUUUGCUGGCCAUGGUUUUGGAGUCUGAGGAAGAGCUGCCCGGGGUGACCUAUGUGGUAGGUGGCAACGACUGCCGAGUCAGCAGCUGGAAGAUUCGUCAGACUGCCACUUCGCAGAAGCAAGCCCUGGCGAAGUUUGCUCUCCCGCACAACGAGGAGGGAGCGGUGUCCAUCGUUGUGGCCACCUCUGUGUUGGCCGAAGGGAUUGAUAUUCCCAGCUGCGGGCUGGUUCUUUGUUUCGACUCGGCGGUGUCGCCUCUGCAACACGUGCAGCUGAGAGGUCGAGCACGGCGUGCAGGGAGCGAGUUCACAGUGCUGGUGCCCAAGGGAGCCAAGGCGUUUGGAGCGCUGGCUGCAGGACCAUCCCUGCAGCAGUUGAAGGACUACGAGGUGCGCGUACUGAAUGUCCUGAAAGCCUGGAGCCUCCGCCCUCCGUGUCCCCGGCAACUGGGCCCUUUGGUCAGCGAGGAGGAGGAGGUUUUGGAGAUCAGCUCCAGCGGUGCCAGGCUUCCUUUGGAAAAGGCCAAGAACUACUUGCACGUCCAAGUGUAUGGAUAUCUGAUCCCCUCUGAGAAAAGCAACGAGCGCGAAAUUCUGGACUUCUGCAAACCUGGUUUCAGGGACAAUGAGAAGAAAUAUGACUACAGCAUGUUUCAGGUGAAAUCCAGUGAGCAGGGCUGGUACUCCGAGUUGGAGCUUCCACCUGUUGGCUGCUGCAGCCUGUCGCUGGAGGAACAGACGACCGCCGCGGCAGCCCGUGACCAUAGCUGGUGGAGGAAGAAGGAGAAGCCGCUGUGCCAGGAGCACUUGGGGAUGGUGGUGGGACCAGUGGUCGCGCAGAAGGGUCAGGCAAAAGACGCAGCAGCACUUCGUGCCUGUCGAAUUCUGCACCAGAUGGGCAUUCUUGAUGAUCAUUUGAAGGUGAAGGGCCGUGAAAAGUUUCAACAUCUCAUCAAGCAGGCAACAGCUUCAGGAAAGGCUUCGGGCAAGCGACGUUCAGAUGACGCCAUUGCGCUCGCGAGCAUUGAAACUCUGGAGAGGAAACUGCCCCGGUGCUUCAUGGCUCCCGAGAAUCCGGAUGUCAUGUGCUUCCAGUUACACCGCUUGGUGCUGGGUGAACAUCCAGGGAAGCAUGGACUUGCUCUACUCCUCCCAGAGCAGGUUCCAUCGGGCUCCUCCACAUUUCUGCUUUUACCACCAGGACUAGAAGAGCCCUUGCAGGUGGAGGUCCAGUGGCUGGCUGAAGUGGAGUUCUCCCAGCAGCAGCUGGACAACCUGAAGGUGUGGACUCAGCUGUCAUUGGAGCUAUCCUGUCGAAGGACGUGUCCAUUGCACCAAGCCUUUGGACAAGUUCCACUGACGCACUUCAAGGAUCGAUCUGGCAAGUGGGUUCCGGUCACGAAUGCUCUGGUCAGUGAAGACGAGGAUCUGCCAGAUCGCUCGUAUUGGCUGCUUGCACCAGUAGCACCAGGAAGUCAGGCCAUUCAUUGGGACUUCGUUGACUGGGGCUUGACUUCGUUGAACCAUCUAUUACAGUGUGAAUCUUGGCAGCAGAUGUCAUCUUGCUUUGUCGGCGAAACAAAGACUCUUCACCUAGACAUGUCCCUCAGCGAUGCCGUGGUGCUGGGACUCAUGCCCCGAACUUCCAGAGGAUCUGAUGUGCGCUGUCUAUGUGUGGAUCUGGAAGUGCAGGAUGAAGCUGGGCUGAUGAAAGGCUACAAGUUCAGUAGGGCCUCCGUCAACGCGGGAGUUGCGCCAGACUUCGUCCAAGCGGAUCGAAAUCUGCACCAAGAGCGGCUGGAGAUUGAGUUCAAGGCGGAUGAGUGCGAACUCAUCCCCCUAACCCUGGGUCAACUGCAAGUCCUUCGCUCCUUACCUUCGUUGCUGUGGCGUUUGGAGUUUGUUGCCCUCAUCCAGGAGCUGCCGCAAGAUGGACUGCUGCAGCGGACCUCGUUGAACGUCUUGGGGGAAGCGCUGACGCAUUCGCAGGUGCGUUCCCUACCAUUUGAGCUGCCCAACUACCGCUUCUGCUUGGAACGCUUGGAGCUCUUAGGUGAUGCUGCCUUAAAACUCAUGGCUUCAAUUCAUUGCGGGAGUUGCUUGCCCACUGCCAAAGAGGGGGAGCUUUCGAAGGCUGCACAGGACUUUGAGACCAACAAGUGGCUGAGACAUGCGAGCAAAGCGAGCUGGGACUUGGCCCAGUACAUUCUCUUGGAAGCCUUCAGGCCCAAAGAUCUACUGGCAGGACUGCGCAGGGGCACUGCCCCGCAAAAGGUCGUCGCUGACGCCAUGGAGGCCGUGCUGGGUGCCGUCUUUCGCUCGGCCGCGGCGUUUGGACCCCGGUCAGCGUCGCUUGCGUCGCUUGGCAAGGGGAUCACCGAGACCUGGAGGAUCUUUGGAGUUUUGCUCCAGAAAAGUCCCACAGACCAGAGGAGCAAAAUUCACCUGCAGGAAUCCUUCAUCCCUGACUUCAAAAAUGCGGCCCUGGCUGCCUUGUCCUCGCUACGACCAACGGCGUUGACGGCCGAUGAGUUGCAAAGUGCAAAGGAUGCAGUGCUUCAAGCCACAGGCUAUGAGUUUCGACGCGUGGAGCUGCUGGGCGCCCUGCGUGCGAACGCCUCGGGCACCCGCUCCACAUCCUUCGAACGCUUGGAAUUCUUGGGGGAUGCAGCGAUGCAGGUCAUGGUCAGUUGGCAUGUGAUGCAGUUGUUUCCAGAGUUCGACGAGGGAGAACUGUCCGAUACUCAGCAAGCCUUGCUCUGCAACUACUACAUAUCUCGCAAGUUGGUUCGCAACUUCGACGAGGCAGGUCUGCUGCAUGUUUUCUUCCCUGGAGCCCAGUCGCCGCUGCGAAGUCCCUUGCUGAAGUACCUGAAAGCCGUGCGCGGCCAGGAGGCAGGUGACUUCCUCGUAGGCGAGAAGAGCGACCUUGCGGCGGGCCUGCAGAGGCUCGCUGUGGGAGAUGGGCAUCCAUUCCUGGCCACUGACAUUUCAUAUCUCAUGCAUGUGCGAUGCUUGAGGUUGCCCCUGGUCUGCGAUGAGCCAGUGGCAGAGACCAGGGAGACUGCGCAAUGCGAAGGUGCGAGCACAGCUGCUCACCAGGGCGACGCUCCCGUGGCCACCAUGGGCCCCGCGCGGCGAAGAAGUUCAGCUGUGCGCGAGAAACGACGCCUGGGGGAGCGGCGCUCGAUGGUGGCGGUCGCCAGGCGCCUGAAGGCGGUCAUGGAGGAGCGUGGCCUGAGUAUGGUGCCAGAGGAGAAUGAUGAAGAGGAAGAGGAUGACCUUACCCACAAUCUGUUUGACAGGGCUCGUUCCUUCUCCCUCUCUGCUGUGAGCUCGAUCGCUGCUGCAGCGGCCUGGGCCGUCACUCCGCAAGAUACAGCUUCUACUGCCUCAAGCUGCACGCAGGACGUGUCGCCCAGAUCCAGCGAUGACAGUGUCCAUUCACCCAGCAGCCUUGGAUCUUUCUCCUCAGACUCCACGGUGCAUGUGCUGGGUGAAGCACUUUUGAGAGCUCGUGAAGAAGGAGAGCAUCCCACCAGGGCAGGUAACGUCUUUAGUCGGGGCCUCGGUGUGGCCUUGUGGGCUAGGCAGAGUCGGCAACCGUUAGUGUUCAGCGGCGCCUACUACCGGGAAAACUCGGUGGCUGUGAUAGCAGCUCAGCACGCCAUCGCGUUGAUUGCCGCCAUUCUCUUGGAUACAGGUGGUGAUUUGGAUCAAACCUGGUCCGUCUUCGCGAAAGACUUCGACUUGUCAAAGGUCAACGUACAGGAGCAGAUCAGGAGCUGGCGGCAGCAUCUGCGUGAGGCGGAGAAGAAGGAGUUGAUCGAGAGUGGAGUGCUCUUGCCUCAAUCCCGUGCGGGUGAAAAGGGGCCGUCGGGAACCGGCCGCGACUUGGUAGGUUCCCUUGCCUCGGCUGCCUCGACCACGGCGACGGAACCAGCGGCGGCUCCGGAGUUUGGACUUUUGGCCAAGGGCGAAGCGCGGCGGAAGCUGAUGGAGUAUUGCAAGAGGCAUCAGCUCAAGAUGAAGUUUGAAGGCAGUCAGGCCCGGAAGGCAUGA